AUCGGAGUGCCGUAUCAGGACGUUGGUAAACGGGCGGCGGUCAUAUUACACAACGACCACGAGGACGGAACGAUUCUUAUGGAAGGUACCAUCGGGGAUCAUUUGGUGGUGAAACCCGUCCCAACCGUGUACAGGAAACACGUMCAGUCCACCACCCCAGACGACGAGAUGUUCUUGGAUCAAGAGUCCCGAGACGGCGAAAACGAGGUGUCCGACCAGGGUUUUCCGCUCAAGUCACAAAAAUACGUGGCACAUCACAAGCACGUAGUGUACAGGAGGAAUCCCGAAACUGACCGGACAGUGGGAGAUUAUGCGCUAAUGGAACCGGACGCGUUGCCGAGGAGUAGGAGGAAAAGAUCGAUCUCCAAGCGGGAAGCGCCAUACGCCAUUUACCCGGAAAUAAUGGUCAUCGUCGACUAUGACGGUUACAGGUUGCACGGGGGAGACAACGUACAAAUUAAACGUUACUUUGURUCAUUCUGGAACGGCGUAGACCUGAGGUACAGACUACUGAAGGGCCCGAAAAUACGUAUAAGCAUCGCGRGCAUCAUUAUAUCGCGGGCGAGAGAUGCAACACCGUAUUUGGAGAGGAAUAGAGUCGGUAGAGACGCCAUUGACUCGGCGGCUGCACUCACGGAUAUGGGUAAAUACCUGUUCAAAGAACGAAGACUGCCAGUAUACGAUAUCGCCGUAGCCGUCACCAAGUACGACAUGUGCAGACGUCGAAAAGGAGGCCGUUGCACAAAAGGAACGGCUGGAUUUGCGUACGUAGGCGGUGCUUGUGUAGUGAACAAACGUCUCGAGAAAGUCAAUAGCGUCGCGAUCAUCGAGGACACUGGUGGCUUUUCGGGCAUCAUCGUAGCGGCGCACGAAGUCGGUCAUCUGUUGGGUGCGGUUCACGACGGUUCGCCACCGCCGACCUACCUGGGCGGACCAGGAGCGGAGAAAUGUCGCUGGGAAGACGGAUACAUCAUGAGCGAUCUGCGGCACACGGAAAAAGGAUUCCGGUGGUCACCGUGCAGCGUGUCAUCUUUCCAUCAUUUCUUAAAUGGUGACACGGCUACGUGUCUGUUCAAUUCGCCGCACGAAGACGAGUCACUACCAAGGAUGUUGCCAGGAAAACUGUUGACUCUGGACGCCCAGUGCAGAAAAGACCGAGGGACCAGCGCCUGUUUCAAAGAUGAUCGGGUGUGCGCUCAGCUGUUCUGCUUUGACGCAGGUUCGGGUUACUGCGUGGCGUACAGACCCGCGGCCGAAGGAUCACCUUGCGGAGAUGGACAACAUUGCACCAACGGCAAGUGCAUAACGGAACACGAGAACAUAAUACCGGACUUUUCGCAAAACACGCCAGCUUAUCUGCGCCGGUUGGGAGACGAAGGAGAAGCGACUCAAGACUGGCCGCAGUUUUUGACUCCUAACGUCACGACACAGAGGUAAAAUCAAAAACAAAAACGCACUGGUUGCAAACAACKCGUAGGUACGACGAUUCCGGUGACAGUCGUAGUGUAUAAUCGAUCGYCUUUAAUAAUAUCCCAUAUAUAAGACGCACGAUCGACGACGAUCAGUGAAAGUGUGUGUUGUCUAUACCAGCGUUUCCCAACCUUUUUGCAAUGGCGACCCAUAMAUUUAAUCUUUAUUAGGUACGCGACCCCCUCCCC